UCAUAGUAGUAGAUAAUCCUUGUUCCAGAGACUAUGGCGACUGCAUCUGCUGGACUCCGAUGGAUUGAUGUUUUAGAGAAUCAAUUUGAUAAAUCUUGGGUAGACCUGGAUCUUAUUCUUAACCAACUUGCAGAUGAAGAAGACGAAAUUCAGAUCACAGCCAUUUGUAGGAAGCAUGCAGCAUCAUUAGCAUCAUGCUUUGCUCAAUUAGCUCACAAAUCUAUCGUGAUAUUCCAAAACAACGCUAAACUUGAAGCCGAGCUCCUGCAUUUGAGAGAAGAGGUGUCUAUACAUAAACACUCCCUGGAUAAAAUGAAAGAAGAGAAGGAUUAUUUAACCCUAAAACUACAAUCUACGCUGAUACAGAACCAUAAACUCAAGUUUAAAUCAGAGGGUAGCGAAGAGGUUGAUAAAAAGCAGAAUGUUGAGGAAAAGAAACCCCUGUCCCGGUCCGUUUCAAGGGAACCUUCCGAUACAAAGCAGGCAAACCUUUGGAACGGGGGGGGAGUCCUGCUUGAUAAUGUUUAUCUUGAUAAAGAACUAGCUGGAAGGUAUAUUAUGAUAAAGGUCCUGGUUGAUAAUGUUCAUCUUGAUAAAGAACUGGCUGGAAGGUAUAUUAUGAUAAAGGUCCUGCUUGAUAAUGUUUAUCUUAAUAAAGAACUAGCUGGAAGGAUUCAGCAGAUUCAGCUGCUGGCCUCGAAUACCCCGGCAGAGAUGAAGGAGAGGCUGUGGACACAAAUAGAGGCUGAGAUGUGUUUACAGAGAGCUAAAACAAUAGCACAGAUAUGUAAAACUAAACAGGAGCUUCGAACUAAACGGGCGCAGGAGUUCCCUCAAAUAGAGAAAACGAAAACAAUCGUCAAACAUUCCAAUGGAUCGGCGGCAAACGCCGAGAAUGGAACGGCGGUUAAUGGAGAGUCGAGGGAAGAAAGCAUGCACGCCAAGGGAAAACAGGUGUUAAUCCUGAAAAACCCUGCAGAUGACCUUGGCAUGGCGAUUAUCGGGGGAAAGGAGCAUAAUCUACCGAUCAUCGUCUCAGAGGUGUUCCCGAACUCGGCGAUCGCUAGAUCUUCAAAGUUAAAUGCGGGAGAUAUUCUUCUCUCGGUGAACGGAGAAGAUUUUUCUAAAAAAGGACACCAGGAAGCAGUAAAUUUCCUUUCAUCUCUCCGCGGUCAGAUCACUUUCGAGCUUCAGUCUGGUGAGAAGUUGAGCGAAGACGAUCCUUCUAAUCUGGACUACCGGUUCUAUAGAAUAUUCGAACCUACACCAGACAGUCCUAAACCUACUCCUAGUAAAGAUAUUAAACCUCAUCCAGGACGAGCCGUGAGUUAUACAGAACAGAAUCGUGUCCCUAACCACCUGGUCGGUGAGGGGGACCUACUCCCAACAGUUCAUAGUCCACUUAGGGAACACAAUCCUCAUAGGGACCUUCAAAACACGGUAUAUAGUUCACUUCGGGAACAAAACACAGCACAAAGUCAGCGUAAAGACACUGAGAUUAGUCCUAGGCGUGACCAGGAUACAGGUCCUAGUCCCCGAGCUGACCCUGCGAUCUCCAAUGUUGUAAACUCAAGCAUGUAUUCUCCACAAAUCCCUGGACUAGAAAUCCCUAAACUAGAAACUGUUCUGGAAAGCCAGAUAUUGCUGACUGCGGAAACUCCGAUUGUAAAUCUGUAAAACACAGUUGUUUUAUUCUUUAUAUUAUCGGUAUUUUACAACUAUUUACAGG